GUCAUCACGCAUCGUUUCCAAACAAUGCUCAGGAAAAAGCCACGUUGACGAUCCAGACUCGAGUGUAGUCCACAAUUUCAAGCAGAAUACAGCAGGGAUUUGUUUGUUAGACGCUCUGGUUCCUCCUCGCUGCUGACUCCAGAUCAGAGCAGACAUGUCGUCGCCGCCGAAGGAGAAAGUCGAAACCAAAGGAGGACAUCUCCCUGCAGUGAAAGCAGGAGGUAUGAGGAUAGUGCAGAAGCACCAGGCCGCUGCUGCUCCAGAACCACCGCAGAAAGAUGAUGAUGAGGAGGAGUACGUCAGCACCAGUCCACCAAAGGUCCCCAUGAUUGUGUCUGGAGUGGUUACAAAGGGUGAUAAGGACUUCACCCCUGCAGCUGCCCAGGUGGCCCACCAGAAGCCCCAGCCUUGUGUCCCCAAGCUGCCCUCUGUCCAGCACAUCAACCAGCACAUCCACCAACCCCGCAAGUGAGCCAGGCAGCAGGCUACAAAGGCUACGCUAACUCCACCAGCCGGCCUUCCCAACGGAACACAUACGAUGAAGAUGUUUCCCCACCAGGCACAGAUCUCUAAAUAAUCAGAGUAGUUUUUGUCAGCCUGUUGCAUUACAUGUAUGAGGAAUUUAUUUGCAACAGACAACCAAUGCCAAUACAGCCAUCAUAGAAAUCCCACUCUUUAUACCCCUGCUGCAUUGUUGCCACACUAUUAGUUCUGCACUUUUGGGUCCUCCUUAAGUGGGAUUGUUUUGACAGUUGUAUAGUCUUAAGGUGGUAUAAAUGGAGGGUCUUCUAAAAUGGCUAUCAUUCAAAGAUUAAACAUUAAUGGAGAAACUGAUCUGAGUCUGUGGGGGGAACUCUCACCCCAGCGACGUGCUGACCAAUGCCACAUCACAACCACAACCAGCCAAUCACAGCAGCCUAUCAAUCAGGCCAACUAACCAACCAAUCACCUCACAGAGAUGAGCCCCAAGCUCCAGCCUUCUACCUAUGAUCUUGGCAGACCAAAAGAACCAAUCAACAAAUUAUGAGGUGGAAACCAGUCUUACAGUAUCAACACAAAACCAAAAAGAACACAAAAGCAGCUUCUAAAUUGCAAAACUCAGUUCAAUGUGGGUGUAUAUCACUGAGACUGUUGCCAAAUUGCACGGGUAGAGCAUGGACCAGCGUGAAAGUACUGAAUUACAUGACCACAUUAACCAAUUAUUACAGAUAUUGUGAUUGAUUGAAAUUUGUAAAUAUAUUCAACCCAGACAAGAAACUGGACAUUUUCAGUAUUAUAGAUGCCCAAUAAGAGGAAUCAAUGAGAUGCAAAACGUGACCCAUUCCUCUGUAAAGAUGGCUGUCAUUACCAAAGUAGCUACUUGAUGCACGUCGUUAGUGUCAUGACUCUAGAUAGCUAGUUACGGUUAUAGCAGAAGCUAAUAUAGCUUUUGGGCCACAGCAAAACCUAUUUAGUUUUUGCUACAGUUUCCUCCUCCUCCCCUGUCAUAAUGUCUAUCCUUCCCUGGCAAUGUUAACUAACUUUAAUGCAAACUCAACCUGCUUCACAGUAAAAGUCUCCCAGCAGUGCCUCAUUGCUUAGACUUCAAGAUUUUUUGUCUCAUUUGACUCACAUGGAUUUAUAUUUUAUCUGCCACACGCCAGAUUAAACUGGAAUGAAAAUGUGGCCAAAAAUGUAAUGAAAUCUAAAGAAAGGCAUUUACUGUGAAGCAGCUGCAGGAUGCUUUGUGUUUGCAUUAACAUUAGCCUGAACAUCACAAGGGAGUAAUUACUCUAUGACAAGUUGAACAAGGCAUUGCAGAGAUGCAGUUCAGAAAAUAGUGAGGUGAGAUGAAGGUAACAACAAAAAAAAUGAUGAUUUCUACAUUCCAUAGAAAAGUGUUUGAACAAAUAUGUCAACCAUGUGACACUUCGUCAGUGUGCAAGGAAAAUGCAGUUUAUCUGCAGGUAUGGCUCGUUGCAUAUCAGAAAUCUGCAUCAGCCCCCAAAAUCCAGAUCAGCAUUUCCUUAGAAAUUAUACAUAUCAACACACCACCCUUUUCCUUAAUCACCCAUCCCCUUACAGUCAAGUGUCGUUUGUUGCAACACUAAUGUUCAGGUUUCCAGGAAAUAAACAAAGAAAGAAAUGUAUCUUGCCAAGAAGGAAUGAUUUCCAAUGUUUAAUUUAAUUAAAUUUAAGAGUUUUAUUAUUGUUUGUUUUUCUCAGUUCUUUUGCUUGAGUAAAUUGUUCAAAUUGUACAAAUCUUUAGUCAUUAAGUGGACGUAGGUAUUAGGUGUGGUUGUCAUAGUAAAUAAAGAUAUAGCCUAUCUUGAAAAA